CGGAAAACGACUGGGAAGCGGCAGCCGGUGAAUUUAAGGCGUCCGAGAAGACGCCAGAUACCUCCUAAACCUCGCAAUUUGUGCAGUCAACUGCCGGGAACCGCCGGAGAGCUUGGACUUGGGAAGGGCCACCGCUUCAAGCCUAUCAGCUUCAGGGCCCUGCUCACGAUUGAAAAGAGAAGGGUUUUUGAAGGUGAAGGACGGAGAACGAAAGUCUGGAGCCUGGAG